AUGGAUAUAGUGGAUUCAGGAAGUACCUCUGAAGUGGAGGACCAAUCUAAGACCUGGGGUUCCGAUGCACAAUCUCUGGGGAACGAUGCGACCAACACCCAUCCCGCCAGUGAUUGCGGGAUCGGACAUCGCGUGAUGGCCAGUCGCUCCGUCCUCGCAUUGGUCAUUGAUGAGGAAUGUGUUUUUGCCGGUCUCCAAGGAGGUGACAUUGUGGCUUGGUCGCUGGAAACCUACGAACUGGUUCUAUCCGUCCAUGCUCACAAGGAAAGUGUACUAGGACUGUACCUGUCUAAUGAUAAAAGUCUGCUCUUUUCUACUGGCGGAGACUCUAUGAUCAAUGUUUGGUCAACAAGAACAUUUGAAAGACUCUAUCAGAUAUACCCUCACCAUGAUGUUGGUGAUAUUUUCACUGUGGUUUAUUCCGCCAGUAAUCGCACUAUCUACUGCGGUGCACAAAACACCAGCAUCCAGUGGUGCGAUCUAUCUGAAGAGAGUUUGGCGUUGAGUCAACCAUCAACAGCCACAGCCCAUCCAUCUAAGCGAACACAUCGCUUUUUCGAUUCCCGAGGUCCAGAUGGAACGCGGGCUCCACGUUCCUCGGAUGGUGCUCAUGCCGUUCCUGAGGGUGGUCGAGUGCUUACCUUUAAGCGGGACCAUCACAAGUUAUUCGCCCAUCAUGGCUACGUGUAUUCGAUGCUUCUGGUGAAGGGUCUCAUUGAGUCUGCCCCUUCGGAAGAGGCUUUGUUGACGGGAUCGGGUGACGGGGCUGUAAAGCUGUGGCGCCUUGGCCAAGAACCUGGAGCAACUCCCAUUCAAAUCGCAAAGCUUCAGAACGGAGAUUCGGUUCUCUCCAUCGCUGUCGAGGGCUCGUUGCUCUACUGUGGUCUUGCAGGUGGUGCUUUGAACAUCUGGAACUUGGAUUCUCAGCAACUGGUGAAGCGAAUUGUUCGUCAUACUGGUGAUUUGUGGGCUGUGCAUGUGAUUCAAGGCGUUGCAAUCUGUGGUGAUGCCACAGGAACGGUCAAGAAAUUCAACUCCCGUUUCGAGGAAGUUGGUGGAUGGGUUGCUCAUGAAGGGACCAUGCUUGCAUCGGCGGCUGGUCGAGUCAAAGACCGACACAUUUAUGCUACCGGCGGAAACGACAACUCUGUUGGUAUUUGGGACCUCACAGAGUUUUUCCUCACCCAGGAGGAGCUUCCUCCUAUCAGCAACGAUGAAAUGGUGAACGCACUCGCCAAGUUUGUCUCAUUCAAGACAAUUUCCGCCAGCCCAAAGUUUAAAGGCGAAUGCAACCAAGGAGCUGCUUUCCUUCGUCGCCACUGCAACUACCUUGGUGCAAAGACGAAGUUGCUGACAACAGGCAAGGAUACUAACCCUGUCGUGUAUGCUCGAUUCAACGCCACUUCCACAGAUAACGUCGACAAGACGAUUCUCUUCUAUGGUCACUAUGAUGUCGUUGGUGCCGAUACGAAUCGGCCCAAGUGGAAGUCUGACCCAUACCAGCUUACAUCGAUCAAUGGGUUUCUAUACGGUCGCGGUGUCUCUGAUAACAAGGGUCCUAUUCUCGCUUCUCUCUAUGCUGCUGCUGAUCUCGCUCGAACUAAAUCACUACGUUGCAAUGUCGUGUUCCUCAUCGAAGGUGAAGAAGAAUCGGGAUCACAAGGUUUCCAUCAAACUGUACGAGAGCAUGCAGCCCAGAUCGGGACGGUGGAUUGGAUCCUUCUAGCCAACAGUUAUUGGCUGGAUGACUACAACCCGUGUCUGACUUAUGGCCUUCGAGGCGUGGUACAUGCCAAUUUGGUCGUAUCUAGCGAACACCCCGAUCUUCACAGUGGUAUCGACGGUAGUGCUCUCUUGGAUGAACCUGUGAAGGAUCUCUCUGUAUUGGUCUCAACUUUGGUAGGACGAAAGGGACGCAUCAAUUUACCCGGAUUCCACGACCCCGUUCGUCCUAUCACGGACGCUGAGCAGAAGAGAUUUGAGGCCAUCGCAGAUAUCCUGCUUCCUCAGCAUCCAGAGAUCCAAGACCGUCAGGCCCUGAUCAAAUCGCUCAUGUACCGCUGGCGCGAACCAUCAAUGACAAUCCACUCGAUGGAAGUUCCGGGAAGCAAGAAUGCCACUACCACUAUUGCACGACGGGCCAAGGCUAGCCUUUCGAUCCGUAUUGUUCCCGACCAGCAGGCGGAUGAAGUCGCUGCAAACCUCACUGCUUAUGCACAGGAGCAAUUCGCGCUACUGGAGUCUGAAAACGACCUCACUGUUGAGAUCACUGGAAAAUCGGAUGCUUGGCUCGGAGAUCCAGACAAUGAGAUAUUUGCGACCCUCUCCGAAGCGAUCACCGCUGCAUGGACUCCCAGUCAACAAGAGUCGAAAUACCAAUACCCGCCUAUCUCCCCUCUCAAAACUGAACGCGAAUCCUCAACCCCUAAAGCACUGUCUUCAGGUCCGAGCCUUCUGCGCAAAGACUCCUCCGAUAGUCUUGCAUCGCGCGUUGACCGAGUCAUCACUUCAACAACUACGUCCUCCGCCCGCAAGGCCGCUGAUCGUAAACGCUCUUUGCAAUCCGCUACGGUUCCGACGUCCUCCACCCUCACUCAACCACCAGCAACUCCCGAUGACUUCUCCCUGCCAAUUCGAACCAAGUCAGAAUCUCAGGCUGAGAAGUCUGAUUUCAAUGAUGAAGCUCUCACUCCAUCUACCUCUCCAAAGCCAGUGAAGCCCAUCUUUAUUCGUGAAGGUGGAUCCAUCCCGACAAUUCGUUUCUUGGAGAAGGUUUUCUCAGCCCCUGCAGCCAACCUGCCUUGCGGACAAGCCAGUGACAAUGCGCAUUUGGACAACGAGCGCAUGCGGGUGGAGAACCUCUAUAAAAGUCGAGAGAUCUUCCGAUAUGUGUUUGCUCAUCUUGUUGACAAAGAGUAA